UAAUGUUGGUAUUGUAAAAACGCCGUCUCGUUUCAGUGCGUCUUUCAGCGUUCAACUGUUUUUUGGUUUUUGUUUGCUUGUUUCUUUUUUGAGAAGGAGCGCCUCCUGGAUUCCUGGAACAUUUCUAUUUGAAGUGCUCUCUGGAUGAGCAAAACAUAAAAAAUAAUUUAAAAAAGAAAGAAAGCGUAUUUUCGCAUUCUCUUUGGGUGUCUCGGAGUUUUCUUGAAUUUUUGUCUGCAUAUUCCUUUCGCGUCUUUUGUCAUAUGUUGCCUAUUUUUACCCUCAUCUGUCCGGUAAGAAAACAAAGACGGGAAUUGUAUGAUCUUCAGACCAAUACAAAACAAUUAAUUGCGUCUGACGCCUAUACACCCUUUAAGGGUUAAAGUGAGAUAGGCUACUACGAUUCAUUCAACCUUUCCACGCCCUCAACGUAAACAAAUGGGGGCUUGACCAAUAAGAUCCGCCAUAGAUCAGCCGAUGAUCAGAUGACCGAAAGGAGAAACUAUUUAAAACUGUAAUGACACGCUUCAUUCACAGCUUACACAUUUCUGGAGCCGGUUCUUAACAGGCGCACACGAAAACGCAUCACCGGCUCUUUUGUUACCACUGAAUUUCAAUCGCUCACCAGCGCACCUCGUUGCCGGCAGUACUACCAAAAAACAUUUUAUAUCCUAAGAAAGCUUUCAUUUCGUCCACACUCAUCUGUGGCUGAGAAAUGAAUCAUAAAAGCGUUUUAAUCAGGAUUUUCCUACUAUGUGCUUAUCCGCUUUUUUCAUCAGCAACUGAGGAAAACGCCGUUCUUAAAGGUGAAGACAGUGGGCAGAAUGACUUGUCAACAGACAGCCACUCUGUUGCUGGCAUCAUCAAGUACAACAUGAGAAAGAGCUUAGAUCUGGAGCAGGAGGGCUGCUACCUGAAAACUGGCAAGAAUGACUGUCUAGAGAAAUGUGGCUUCAAUGCUACAGCCAAGACUAUCUUCAUCAUCCAUGGCUGGACGAUGAGCGGGAUGUUUGAACACUGGAUGCACAAGCUCGUCUCUGCAUUAAUGCAACGUGAAAGUGAAGCCAACGUGGUGAUUGUUGAUUGGAUAUCAAGGGCCCAGCAGCUAUACCCUGAUGCAGUCAACCACACUUAUGGUGUUGGCCUUGAUAUUGCAGCGCUGCUCAACUGGCUUCAGGAUGAGCACCAGCUCCCUCUGGAGAAUGUCCACCUGAUUGGUUAUAGUUUAGGUGCUCAUGUGGCAGGCUACGCAGGAAUGCAUGUACGAGGGACCAUUGGCAGAAUCACUGGUCUAGACCCAGCAGGACCGAUGUUUGAGGGCGUGGAGAAGGAGAAGCGCCUCUCACCAGAUGAUGCCGACUUUGUGGAUGUUCUGCACACAUACACUCGGGAGGCUUUGGGUGUGAGCAUUGGAAUCCAGCAGCCAAUUGGGGACAUUGAUAUCUAUCCUAAUGGCGGUGACGUGCAGCCGGGCUGUGGACUUGGGGACGUGCUGGCAGUGGCAGGAAAUUUCAUGGAGGUGAUGAAGUGUGAACACGAGCGCGCUGUGCACUUGUUUGUGGACUCUCUGAUGAACAAGGAGCACCUGAGCUAUGCCUUCCAGUGCACUGGGCCCGACCGCUUCAAGAAGGGAAUCUGCCUGAGCUGUCGCAAAAACCGCUGCAACAAAAUUGGCUACAAUGCCACAAAAAUGCGCAAGAGGCGUAACAGUAAAAUGUAUCUGAAAACCCGGGCUGACACACCUUUCGCAGGCUACCACUACCAGAUGAAGAUGCACGUGUUCAACAAAAAACAGUCUGAUGAUGCUGAUCCCAUCUUCAAUGUCAAGUUGUAUGGCGAGCACAAGGACACAGCUGAUAUGUUUGUUGACGUCCGCGAUAACACCAUUGGUCUGAACAUGACAAACACCUUCCUGGUUUUUGCCGAGGAAGAGAUCGGUGAAGUGCUCAGGAUCCGUCUGAGUUGGGAAGGAGAAUCCGACUCCUGGAGCUCUAUGUGGAAAAACAUCAAGAAGAAUUUCUGGGGCUGGAACGCCAACCCUUCCAAACCCGUGCUUGAAGUUCGUCGGAUGCGUGUGAAAGCUGGAGAAUCACAGAAAAAGUAUGCUUUCUGUGCCGAAGACUCUUCAAAAACAGAAAUCUCUCCAGGGGAAUAUAUCAAUUUUAUUAAAUGCCCUGAUGGCUGGGAUGCGAAACCGAGAAAACGGGUUCCCAUGUAACAAUUCGGCUCUCCCAACAACCAAUGCACCAUCACCAUGGGGGAAUCCAACAUGAAUCAGGAAGAAGCUGUGCCCUCUGUAUUUGAGCACUUAGGCUUAAUCAGCACGUGGUGAAGGGGGAAGUGGGGAAGGUUUCCACUGACUUCUGAAAAUAAGAACGAUGGGUUUCUCUCAGCAUGCGGCGGUUGCAAAAUGGUGCACAGCCUGGAAGUGGUGGCACUCUCAACUGUGUGGGUUGCCUGAGAAGUUACAGAAAGUUCCUCUGUGUGGACUAGUGAAGUAGAGAUUUCUGCCAGUGGACACACCAGCAGUUAUAGUCACUGUACUGUACAAUUUUUAAAAUAUUUAUUUAUGAAUAAAUGAAAGCACUGCAAGACAACCUUAUUUAUCAGAGCACACCCCAUAAUGGAGCGCAUGUUGAAUGAGUUUCUUCGAGAUGCAGUAUUUGUGUAUUAAUGUGCGUGUUUGUACCUGUGAAGUGUGCCUUUCUGCUGAAAGAGAUUACUGAUACACUGUUUAAUUGAAGGAGAUGUCAGUCUUAUUGGAUCCUGCCUUUCUGUGCUUUUGUGUGUAGUUACUGUAUGUGACUUACUUUUGAGGGGAUGUGUCUGUACAUAAUGUAAAUACAUUUGUUUCUUUUGGAGAAAUAAAUUCACACUUUGUUUGUA